AUGUUUUCAAACUUAAAUACCGGAACUAUGUUUAGUAAAUAAAAUUAGCAGAAUUCACUUUAAUAUGGAGCCCCACCUUCAUUAUAAACAAAUCAUAGCAAUAUUUUUGGGGGUUUAUAAUCAUCAACUAUUUAAUAAAUGCCUUUACUUUUUGGAUAACAAUAACCGUCAAUCCAUCCUCAAAAUUAAUGCUCUUAUGGUAUGAACUAAGACUAAAUGACAUAUGGAUAAGUAUAACCAUAGGGAUAAUCAAAUAUAGCGCCAAUUUUAUUUGGCCUUUCUUAAAAUGCAACUCCAAAUUAUUUUAAUUAAUAAUAGUAAAAUACAUUUGGUUAGAAUUCUCUUUAGCUUGGAAUUUAAUAUUAAAAACCUUUAGAAAUAUAAGGAAAUCCUUAUCAAUCUUAAUAAAAUAUGAUUUUAUUUCAACAAAAUGAUGUGAAUGCAUUUAAAGAUAAAUUUAACAUAUUAAUUUAAAAAUUGUAGGAUUUAGAAAAGUAAAAAAGUUCUUUUAAAUAAAUCUAUUAAUAACAAUAAUGGCAAUAGAUGAUUUAACCUUUAGGUUAAACAAUUUUUAGUAUAGAUACAACUAAGGUUCUUGAAACAUCAGAAUAACUUUUAGCAGGAUAGAAAGAGUUAUCAAGGAAACUUGAUAAUUAUAUAUCUACAUUAGGAUUGGUUUAAAAGAUAUAAGAAGAUGGAUUAGAGAUUGUAAAAAAAGAAGAAGCGUAAAUAGCUAAUUAUUAAAAGGUAUAAUAAACGAUGAAAGACUUUCAUGAAUUUUUAUCAGAAGCAAAUUGUGGAAAGCAGUUUUUUUUGACUCCUUAAUAAUAUCAAGAAUAAUUAAUUCAUGAUUAAACAGAGCAUUUAGAUUUAUUAACAAAUACUGUUGAUAAAAUUAUUCAAACUUAUGAUAAAGAACCAAACAUGAAUUCAGAAGAACUUUUACAGUGUAAAUAUUUACAUUUGCAAGCAUUAACUCAUUAUUUGUAUAUGCUUACUUUAAAAAUAAGAAAUAUAAAUGAAAGAAGUAUGAAUAUUAAUUAAAUAAGCAUCUGCAUUUGAAGUUAAGGUGUUGUCAUAAUUUUAGAAUGAUAAAAAAUUUGAUGAAUUUAGCACUAUUGAAGCUUAGAAAGAGAUUUUAAAUCAAAUUUUAACAGAGGAAAUAUGA